AUGAAAAAAUGCAAAAUAGUUUUAAAAGACAAAAUUAGAUGCUCAAAACUUGAAUUAUUAGUAAAUGAAUUCAAUUUAAUAUUACCUAAAUUGAUGAAGCAUAUCGAUAAUCGUAAUCAUCAAUAUAAAUCUUUAGAUGACUUGAAACGAAAUUUGAAUGUGGGUGAAGUGGUAACACAUGCGGAUUUCUCUGAAAAUUUUUUAUGCAAGUAUUCUUCAGAAAUUCAGAGCGUGUAUUUUGGAGGAUCCAGAGUCCAACUUUUCCAUCACAAAGCUGUUAUCUAUUAUAAAAAUAUUGGUUCUGUGAAUAGUACUCGUAAUACUCUAAAAGUUAAAUAUUUUUGCAUAAUAUCUGAUACACUAAGUCAUGACGCUGCAGCUAUUAUUAUUCAUUUAAGACCUAUCUUAAGCAUCAUUUGUCAGAAAAUUCCAAAUUUAUAG